AUGUUUUAUUCUGCUGGUUUGCCAUUUCAUUUAGCGAGAAAUCCACACUUUAGAGGAGCAUUUUCUUAUGCAACAAAUCAUUUGCUGUCAGGAUAUUUGCCUCAUGGAUAUAAUAUGUUGAGGACGACUCUUCUUCAGAGAGAAAAGACAAAUAUUAAGCGAUUAUUAAUUCCAAUUCGAGAUGGAUGGCGUACUAAAGGGGUGAGUAUUGUGAGUGAUGGAUGGAGUGACUCACAAAGGAGGCCUUUGAUCAAUUUUAUGGCAAUUUCAGAAGGACGACCUAUGUUUCUAAAGUCAGUGGAUUGUUCUGGCGAGACUAAAGACAAGUAUUUCAUUGCAAAUCUGAUUAAAGAAGUUAUUAAUGAAGUUAGGCAUGAGAAAGUGAUUCAAAUGAUAGCUGACAAUGCUCCUAAUUACAAAGCUGUAGGACAAAUUAUUGAAUCACAAUUUUCCACGAUUGUAUGGACACCAUGUGUAGUGCAUACCUUAAACCUUGCUUUGAAGAAUAUAUGUGCUGCUAAAAAUGUUGAAAACAACCAACUUGUAUAUAAGGAGUGUAGUUGGAUCUCUGAUAUUGCUAGUGAAGUCAUUAUCAUCAUGCUUAAGAGGUUUAAACUUAUUAAAGGUGGUUUACAAGCCAUGGUCAUCAGUGAUAAAUGGGCAAAUUAUAGGGAAGAUGAUGUGGUAAAGGCAAGGCGUGUGAAGGAUUUGGUGCUUAACGACUUAUGGUGGGACAAAAUCGAUUAUAUUUUUACCUUCACUACACCUAUCUAUGACACUACACCUAUCUAUGACAUGAUUAGAGCUUGUGAUAUAGAUGCACCUUGUCUACAUUUGGUGUAUGAUAUGUGGGAUGAAAUGAUUGUAAAGGUGAAGGCAACUAUUUAUAAGCAUGAAGGAUUGCAACCAACUGAACCUAGUGACUUUUCCUCUUUUUAUGACGUGGUUUAUAAUAUUCUCAUUGAUCGUUGGAAUAAAAACAAUACUCCACUUCAUUAUUUAGCACACUCCUUGAAUCCGAGAGUCCCUUAA